AUGUCACCAUAUAGAGUGCUUUAUGAGAAAACUCAUCACCUUCCUAUUGAAAUUGAACAUAAGGCAUAUUGGGCUAUUAAGAAACUUAACCUCUCUCUAGAUGAUGUAGGUAAGAGUCAACUUUUGCAGCUGCAUGAACUUCAAGAACUUAAGAAUGAAGCCUAUAAAAACUCCAUCAUCUAUAAGGCCAAGAUGAAGAAUUUCCACAACAAGGCCUUGAGGAAAAGGAAUUUGCAUGAAAAUCAGAAAGUGUGGCUUUAUAACUCUCACUUGAAACUAUUCCCUGGGAAAUUAAAGUCCAGAUGGAAUUGCCCCUAUGUUAUCACUGAAAUUUUUGAUUCAGGUGCAGUUCUCAUCAUAGAUCCAAAGACAGGACAUGCUUUCAAGGUCAAUGGACAGCAGUUGAAGCCUUAUCUUGAGGCAGAACCACCACUAGCAAUUGUCUCCUUGAUUUUUCAGGAUAUACCUAAGGAUCAUCCUCAGAUUUAG